ACGGCAUUCAGCCAUAUUGACUUUUUCUACGUUGUGUAUCAGAAGCAUUUUCCGGUUUGUUCUGCGACUUUUCUAAAAUUAGGAAAGAAAUGGGUUCGUCCAGACAUAGAAGCAGAGACAGAGAACGUGAUCGCGAUCGCGACCGCGAUAGAGGCGACAGGGAUCGCGAAAGGGACAGAGACCGCGACAGGCAUAGGCGUAGAAGCAGAGAUAGAGAUCGUGAUAGGCACCGGGACCGUGAUCAUCACAGGAGAGAUCGCGAGAGAAGCAGGUCCCGCAGUAGAGAAAGAAGACGCGAAAAAACUCCUCCAGAACCCGAUGGCGAAAAAUUAAUCGCAGAUACUUUGGCGACCAUAGCAGCAACAAGGAAUUUUGCCAAUCUUGUCUGUCAAAGAGAAGGGGAUGGGAACUCAAAUCAUUCGACAGGAAGCCAAGAUGAUGAAAGAAAGAGAAAGAAAAGAUCCAGAUGGGGUGGAAGUGAGCAUGAGAAGAUUUUCAUUCCUGGAAUGCCUACAAUUUUACCCCCCAACCUGGAUAAGGACCAGGAGCAAGCAUAUUUACUUCAGCUGCAGAUUGAGGAAGUCAGUAGAAAACUCCGUUCCGGGGACCUGGGUAUCUCACCGAUUCCAGAAGAAAGAUCUCCAUCGCCGGAACCGAUUUACAGCAGCGAUGGCAAACGGUUAAACACGAGGGAGUUUAGGACCAGAAAACGACUCGAAGAAGACAGACACAUGCUGGUGCUCAGGAUGCAAAGCAUUAAUCCGGAGUUUAAACCUCCCAUGGACUAUAAGCCACCAGUAAUAAGAGUGAGCGAUAAAGUGAUGAUUCCGCAAGAAGAGCAUCCAGAAAUUAACUUUGUUGGUUUACUGAUUGGACCAAGAGGAAACACUUUAAAAACAAUGGAGAAAGACACAGGCGCAAAAAUAAUAAUUCGCGGUAAAGGAAGUGUUAAAGAGGGAAAAGUUGGACGAAAAGAUGGACAACCUUUACCUGGAGAGGACGAACCUCUGCACGCCUAUAUUACCGCUACGAAUCCCGAGUGUGUGAAAAAAGCCGUGGAAAGGAUUAAAGAAGUUAUCAGGCAAGGCGUGGAGGUACCGGAAAACCAAAACGACUUGAGAAGAAUGCAGCUGCGCGAGUUGGCGCAGCUGAAUGGAACGUUAAGAGAGAAUGACGGCUUGAGAUGUAAUAACUGUGGCGCCACCGAUCACAAGUCUUGGCUGUGUCCGGACAAACCGAACGUGACGAACAACAUAAUGUGUUCGAGUUGCGGAGCGGCCGGUCACAUCGCGCGCGAUUGCCGGCAAAAGCGGCCGGGACUGGGUGGGCCGCCCAUGCCCGGGGACAAGGCGAAAAUCGACGAAGAGUAUCUGUCCCUGAUGGCGGAGCUGGGCGAAGGCCCGCCGCCCGAGCAGCAGCAUCAGCCGAACGGCGGCGGCAUGAACAUGAUGAAGAAAACGACGCCCAGCUUCAACAUGUUCGAGCAACAGAUGGCGCCGCGGCCGCUCAUGCCUCCCAUGAUGCCGCAGACCAACAUGACGGCGAUGAACAUGAACGGCAUGGCGCCGCCGCCGUGGAACGGCGCCCAAGCCAUGCCUUGGCAACCGGGACCGCCUGGGAUAAUGCCGCCGCCUCCUCCGCCAGGAGCGUCGAGCCCGCCACAAAUGAUGCCUUGGAUGACGCCCCAACAGCCGCCACCACCAGGUUCAGGCGGCAUGCCGACUGCGCCAUGGCAGGGCCCGCCUUUCGGUUGGCCGCCAAGCAAUUGUCCGCCUCCUCCGCCCCCAGGAAUCGACGUAAACUUGCUUACUGCGCCACCACCACCGCCACCCUCUUAGGAUUUACAAAACGUUUUAAUAAAUUUAGGCAAAUUGGUUAUUGGAACCUCUUAUUUAUAAUCACUAUAAAAGUUAGUUUAUAGAUUUUACUGAAUUAUUUGUCAUUAUGGUACUCAAUAAUUGUCUUUAAUAUUAUGUUAUAAUAAAUGUACUUGGUUUUAAGACAA